AUGAAGGUGGCAGUUCUGUGUUUAUGCCUUGUCAGCAUCGCUGCUGCAUGGCCAGUGAGUAAAUCCAAGCAGCAUGCCAUUUCUGCCAGCUCCGAAGAAAAAUACGACCCCAGGGGCCAUCACUCACACAGACAUCACCACCACCACGUGAAUUCUCAGUCUUGGGAGCGUCUGCAGCACGCACAGAAUGACCUGCCGUCACCUCAGCAGACUCUUUACUCUUCAGAAGAAAGCGUGGAUGUCCCGGUACAACCGCAAUUUCCUGAUGUGUCAAGCAAGAGCCAUGAAGAUGUGGAUGAUGACGAUGAUAAUAAUGAUUCCAAUGACACAGAUGAAUCUGAUGAGGAGGUCACCAGUUUUCCCACUGACAUUCCAGUAACUGCACCCUUCCCUCCUUUCCCUUUCACCCGGGGAGACAAUGCCGGCAGAGGCGACAGCGUGGCCUACAGAGUAAGGGCAAAAGCCGCAGUCGUGAAGGCUAGCAACCUCCGCAAAGCUGCAAAAAAGCUCAUUGUGUACGAUGCCACCGAGGAGGACGAGAGCACCCUGGAUGUGGACAGCCAGCAAGCCAUCUCCCGGGAGGCUGCUGUUGCCCGCCGCUCCCUGGGGAAGCACACUCUGAGCGGGGAAUGGGCUGACAAGAGCCACGGGCAGGACAGCAGCGAGUUGGACAGCAAGCUGCGUGACCGCAGCGUGGAAAAUGACAGCCGGCAGAAACUGGACAGCCGUGAGGUGGAAGGAGAUGAUGACAGCAAAGCUGGUGUCAGAGUGGACAGUCGCCAGAGCGUGGAAAGCAGGGAGAGCCAGGUCCAUGUUUCAGCUGAGAUCCCCGAUGACAACAGCAACCAGACGCUGGAGAGUGCUGAGGAUGCCAGAGACCGUCACGCCAUUGAAAAUAAUGAAGUCACCCUCUAA